UCCCUUCAAGUCAAUCUCGAAUUGGUUCUGUUUGCGUCCGGAUCCAUUGAAGAGCCGAGUUUGUGAGUGUGGGCGGAAAGAAGGACUUCCUUGAAACUUGAAACGCACUCUGACCCCUGGAAAGCCGAAUCCUCUGGCGAUCUUCAUGUCGAACUGUGUGCCGAACAACAUUGUUGGCUUUUCGAUUUGGGCUCAGUCCAAUUCGUUUCCGUCGGAUGAAUCAGUCCAGUAGCUAUUUCCGGAGCCCCUUGAUUAGAAGAGAGUGAUAAAACCCCGAGAAGCUCCUCGGUGCAGGCAGUGCUGAAUCUGCUCGAGCGGUCCGGAAGAAGAUCUGGGCUUGGCAUUUGUGCAGCAUUCCGUUCGGGUGCUCGCCUCUGCGCACCAGCAGGCGUUGAGGUAGUGGUGGUCGAUAGUUGGUGACAGGAAGGAAGUGGAAGAAACGAAGGGAAAGGAAAGGAAAGGAAAGGACUGAAGCGGAGGAGGGCGGGACUGCGUGGGCGGUGGUGCCCAUCGAAGUGCUUUCUCCCUGUAGGCAAAGGAAGAAAUUUGGCCUUGUGACGAUCGGUCUUUGCUCUGUAUGUCUCUCCCCACUUGUGAAGAAAGAGGUUUCACGUCUUCGAUCUCAGGAUCCGAGGGCGCUGUAUACCAAAUUUGUACGAGCAUUUCUGGCUGUGGCUUGAGAAAUGGGGCGAUCUCGAUUACUGGAGACAGGUUUCGGCAGCAAGGGCAAAGCCGAGGAAGGCCGAGCGAGAGAGAAGGCGAUUAAGUAUUCCGUAGAAUCCACCGAUACAAUUAGUCUGGAUGGUUGUCUGAAUGUCGAGGAGAGCAUCAAGCUCCACGAAGCGUUGGCCCAGUUGACGAGCCCGUCGUUUUCCACCACCUCAAGUUUCGGGUCCUCGCGCUACGGCUCUUCCGAAAAUCUUCACAGCAUGGCGUCGCCCAAGGGCUCGUCCAACAACCUUCUGCAGGGAGCUUCUUCCCCGACGGGAGGAUCCUCCAGAAAGAUGGCCAAAUCUGCGUCCCAAACGCAGCUCGGCAAGUCCAACUCUCAAGCGCGUCCCGAAGUGGACAUCGUCACCGCGAAGAAUUCCCUCGCACAACUUUUGAGAAAUCCUCAGGGAAAAGCCGUGGACGCAAGCAAGAGGCUGGUGAUGGUAACGGUCCUCGGCAGCGUCGGCCCGUUACGCGCCUUGGUGGAUGCUGAUGCGAGCGUCCAGGCCGUCAUUGGAGCUGCGCUUCAAAUCUACGCGCGGGAGGGGCGCCUGCCGGCGAUGGGGCUCGAUAGCUCGUGGUUCGAUCUCUACUCGGGCCACGUCUCCUUUAGCGACGCGCUGGAGCCAUUCCAGCCCAUCAAGCCACUGAAUGCGCGCAACUUCGUGAUGGUGAAGCGACAGUUCCAGCGCGAGGACGUCGUGCGCCAGCGACAGCAGCAGAAGAAGGUGACGAAGCCGACGUCUUGGCUCGAGGAUGUUUGGGGAUUUGGGACGUGGUGGGCGAAGGUCGUCAUGGCUGCCUCUCCUGCAUUUCUGCAGGGCACCGAGAAUAAAUCCGCUAAGGCCUGGCUGCACGAGCUGGAGGCGCAGCCCUCCGCCAUUCCGAGCUUCUGACUUGUGACGGUUUUUUUCACGGGCCGCGAGGAACACGCAAUGCACUCGAUGGUUUGCGACGGUCCGGAAGCGGAUGGCCUCGCUAUCUGCUGAGAGAGUUUUGCAGAAUCGUUCGACGAAGGAGUUGAGAGUAUGAGUCAGUUUGUUCCAUGCAGGUCGGCAUUCGAGUUGCCGUGCUCGAAAUCACAGUGCGAAUGUCGAUUGGAAACGCGCUUUCCGAUAGCAUGCUUGUUCAAAUUACGAGUUCACCCCUGUACAUUACGGUGUCUUGGAUUCUCGAUAUCCUGCACAGGUUCGUUCUGAAGCUGAAGUGGGGGCGGGCGUAUGAGCAGGACAUAAUGACGAAUCACGCGGAGAUCUAUCGCUCUCGAACGCCCCCCGCACCACGAGGAUACUACUGAGGAAGUGUCUGUUGCUCGAGUCCCGAGCGUCCUGUCAGUCUUGUGACAUUUGUACAGCAGGGACGGGAUUAUGGUUAGUCAUGAAACAUGAAUGAGUGAGUGCUAGUCUGCCACUCUCAGUCAGUGUCCAGCAUUUUGUGUCGUGGACUGAUUCGCCUCGAACGCACUGUGGAGAGGCAUGUAUGUAGCGUACGCGGGUGUUGGAAGGAUGGAAGAAGUCAGGAAAAUGACGACGAAUAGGCAGUAGACCGCGAGCUUAGCCAUGUUCAGUAUUCUCCACCGCCCCUUGUCCAUUUCUGCCGGUGGAGAGUAUACCCCACAUACCUGUUGAGUCGUCUGCACCAGUUCUCUCUUCUUACACCGGUUUUGAUACAUCCUUCCAUGCUGUGAGAAGUUUAUGAACUAACUGAUUAUUUUAAUAAAAGCUCUCCGGUCAAUUUCUUCCCUC